AGCAGGGCUGAACCAUAUAACAUAGUUUUGCAGGGCCCCCUGUGGCACAGGGCCCUGGGCAGUUGUCCUGCUUGCCCCUCCCUAAUGCUGGCCCUGCACUUAUAAUCCCCUGAACCCAUCCUGUGAUCCACCCUGGGGGUUGCAGCCCCCCAAGUUGAGAAACACUGAUCUAAAUGAGUUGAGUACCCCCUGGAAGAUCUUUGUAUACCCCCAGGGGUACGGGUAACCCUGGCCGAAAACCAUUCAUCUACAAUGAUGUCAUUUUUAUCCUGACUAUGAUCUGGGCUUCAGAGUGAUUUGCUCUAGAUAGAAUUGAUCAAAUUCAGAACCAAUGGCAAUAGUAGCUUUUUGGACUUGCAGUUUAUAUUAGUAAUAAUUUUAUAGGUGUUUAUGCUAGGCAAUUUAACAGAAUACUAAGAACAAAAUUAGUCUUAAAAAGACGUAUUUGUGUUGGGUAGCUUGACUGCAGAAUUUUCUGCUUGUGCAAAAGCAGUGAGCCAGGAUUCUUUACACUCUAAAGCACAGGGUUUAGCCUUUAGGCCCUGUAAAACUGAACCAAUUUUCUUUUUUUUAAUGGAGUGGAGAAGAGAGGACAUAAAAAAGCCAGUUUUUGGAACCCAUUUUUUGAACUUAUUUCUACAUUCAAAUUGAGAAUAAAAAUGUCCCCUUUCUGCCAAACCAGUCUGAAAACCAAAUGAACUACUACAUGAGCCUGUGUGUUCAGUCAGGGCUCUGAUUUAUAGAGACAAACACUUCCAUUGAGUCUGUGGAGUGACAGACUCAACAUUCCCAGUGAGCACUGUUCAAUUGACCAUCUCACAGUGAUGGGUUAAUGUUAAACAUAACCUCCUCUUAGCAAGUGGUCAUGUGGCACGCGCAAUCUUAGCAAAUCAAGUUUAGAAUGCAUGUUUUGAUCAGAAUGUUGCAAAGAAUUAUGGGAGGUGAACAUAGAGUUGUAACUAGGAUAUUGAAAAUUAAGGAUGGGAAAAGAAAAGGGCAGGUCUUUAUGUUUAAGAGCAUCUAUAUUUAUGGCUAAUUAUCAUAAAGCAAUUAUAUAUUUUGUAGGGUUGUCAAGUGUAGUUAUCUGGGGCACAGGUUAAUUAAGCAUUAAGCAUCAAUACGCUUAACUAAUGUCUAUCAAACCAAAACAACCUGAGAGAAACAUACUGCUGUACUUUGGUGCUCUGUAAGCAGCAUGUGUAUUCAAACAUAACUACACAUAACUACAACUUGGCCAGUUAUGCUUCCCAAUAUUAAAAAGAGAAAGACAGGUUCUGCAGCACACAGCAGGAUCUCUUGCUUUCUCACAUUACUCUCAGCAUCUCCAUCAAGGUACCGAGUUUGCUGCAUUUUGUCCAAAGGAAGCAUAUAAUGAGUGACGAUGACGACGACAUCCCUCAGCUUUCAUCCCAUACACUGGCAGCCCUGCAGGAAUUCUAUAUAGAUCAGCGACAGAGAGAGGGCAUAAAGAUCUCCCAAGGAUUUAAACAGUAUUCCUUUGGCUCAAUAGAAGAGGACUGGCAAUUGAGCCAGUUUUGGUAUGAUGAUGAAACUGCAUUAUGCCUGGCUAAUGAAGCUGUUCUGGCAGCUGGAAGAGGUGGCAGGAUAGCGUGUGUUAGUGCUCCAAGUGUUUACCAGAAACUGAAAGAACAGAAUGGCAAAGAUUUUUCCGUGUGUAUACUGGAAUAUGACAAAAGAUUUUCUGUAUAUGGAGAGGAAUUUAUCUUCUAUGAUUACAACAAUCCAUUGAAUUUACCUGGAAAUCUCAUACCACACAGUUUUGACAUAGUAUUAGCGGAUCCACCCUAUCUGUCUGAGGAGUGUCUCAGAAAAACAGCAGAGACAAUCAAAUACUUAACAAAAGGAAAGAUUCUGCUCUGUACAGGUGCAGUCAUGGAGGAGCAGGCAGCGAAGCAUCUUGGUGUGAAGAUGUGCAAUUUUACUCCAAAACAUACACGAAACUUAGCCAACGAAUUUCGAUGUUAUGUGAAUUAUGAUUCUGGACUAGACCGUGAUUCUAGCUGUUCAGAGUGUACCUAAAAUAAGCGAAACAGUAUAUCAAUCAAGUUCAUUUAUUCCUUCUUUCAGUGAUGUCUGCGAUCCUCAUUGCUUUAUUAAAGGUGCUGCGUCAGGUGAUGGUUUCUGGGCUAGCUUUAGACGUUGAAA